AUGGCGGUGGUGAAUGUUGUCGCGACCAUCGUAAUUGGCAGCGGUGGUGCCUUCCCUUUGCAGUUGUGGUGGAUUUUUUCACGAAGCAACCCUCAGGUGGAUGCUGCUAAUUCACUAGUUUCUCUCCUAGAGCAAGCAGAAGCUGUUAUUCCCAAGAACUUGCUUGGGAAGACUCCGGUCAGAGUUGGGGCAACCGCAGGUUUGAGAAAACAGGAUGAUGAUGCUCUGGAAAGAAUAUUGCAAGAAGUCAAGGACCUGCUCAAGGAUAAAAGCGAUCUGAAAUCAGAACCAAAAUGGGUCACUGUCUUGGAUGGAAACCAAGAAGGUAACUAUAAACUAUCUUUUAGGAAAAUUGGGAAAGCGAACUCAGAUACAGUGGGAGUAGUUGAUCUUGGAGGAGGGUCUGUUCAAAUGGCAUAUGUUGUUUCUGAGAGUGAUGCUACCCAUGCUCCAAAGGUGUCUGAUGGUGAGGAGGCUUAUGUGAGGGAUAUGUAUCAAAAGGGUGUGCCUGCCUUCCAUGAGAAAUCUUGUGCCAUACAAUUUUGGAUCAUCUCUCUUGAAGCCGGAGUUCCAUAUGUCUCUAUUGCCCUCUUCACUGUUGUUACUACAGCUUGUAAAUCAGUUGGAUCCACCGCUUCACACUGA